AUGGCAGAGAAGUUGCCUGCAGGAACCGUAUGUGUGGUGUGUGAAGAUUUGGCGACAGGGAAUCAUUACAACGUACCGUCGUGUAAUGGAUGUAAAACUUUCUUCCGGCGUGCUGUUGUGAACAAUCGAACGUUUGCGUGUCGUGGAUCGGGAAUGUGCCCUGUCAACAAAGGUUGGUGUAUUCAUUUACUGAUUGGAAAAAUGGCAAAAAUUAUGUUAAUAACAGAAUCAAAAGAACAAUAA